AUGAAUACUUUAUUUUUCAUUUUCCAUCUAAUAAUUCUAGCAGGAGCUGCCUGGGCCUCCACUGAUGAAACACGCCUGGUUAAAACCCUCUUCACUGGUUAUAAUAAGGUCGUUCGUCCUGUCAGCCACUUUAAGGACCCAGUUGUUGUGACUGUUGGUCUUCAGCUCAUCCAGCUGAUCAAUGUGGAUGAGGUCAACCAGAUUGUCAGCAGCAACGUGCGACUGAAGCAGCAAUGGAAAGAUGUGAACUUGCAGUGGAACCCAGAGGAUUAUGGGGGCAUCAGAAAGAUCAGAAUUCCCUCCACUGACAUUUGGCGGCCUGAUCUAGUCCUCUACAACAAUGCUGAUGGUGACUUUGCCAUCGUUCAUGAGACCAAAGUGCUGCUGGAAUAUACAGGAAUGAUCACGUGGAACCCACCUGCCAUCUUCAAGAGCUACUGUGAAAUUAUUGUGCUACAUUUCCCCUUUGACCUCCAGAACUGCAGUAUGAAGCUGGGCACCUGGACUUAUGAUGGCAACUUGGUCGUUGUCAAUCCUGAUAGUGAUCGUCCUGAUCUGAGUAACUUCAUGGAGAGUGGAGAGUGGGUGAUGAAGGAUUUCCGCAGCUGGAAACACUGGGUGUACUAUGCCUGCUGCCCGGACACCCCCUACCUGGACAUCACCUACCACUUCCUCAUGCUGCGUUUGCCCCUCUACUUUAUCGUUAACGUUAUUAUCCCCUGUAUGCUCUUCUCCUUCCUGACUGGACUUGUCUUCUAUCUUCCUACAGACUCUGGUGAAAAGAUGACUCUCAGUAUCUCCGUCUUGCUGUCUCUGACUGUGUUCCUGCUGGUCAUUGUAGAGCUGAUUCCCUCCACCUCCAGUGCUGUGCCACUCAUUGGGAAGUACAUGCUCUUCACCAUGGUCUUUGUCAUUGCCUCCAUCAUCAUUACUGUCAUUGUCAUCAACACUCACCACCGCUCCCCGAGCACUCACACGAUGCCUGACUGGGUCCGUAAGGUUUUUAUUGAAACUAUCCCCAACAUCAUGUUCUUCUCAACAAUGAAGCGCCCAGGAAAGGAAAAGCCAAAUAAAAGUAUCCAGAAUACCGAUUUUGACAUCUCAGACAUCUCUGGCAACCAGGUCACUCAUAUUACCUACCAGUCACCCAUCGCCAAAAAUCCUGAUGUCCGCAGUGCCAUUGAGGGAGUCAAGUACAUUGCAGAAACCAUGAAAUCCGAUGAAGAAUCCAACAAUGCGGCUGAAGAGUGGAAGUUUGUGGCCAUGGUGUUGGAUCACAUCCUGCUGUGUGUCUUCAUGGCUGUGUGUCUUAUCGGCACAUUAGGUGUGUUCGCAGGCCGUCUCAUUGAGCUAAGCAUGCUCUAG